AUGGGGGUGACCACCUAUACAGAUGAGUACACUUCCCCAAUCCCUCCAUGCAGGUUGUUCAAGGCCUUAGUCCUUGAUGCUGACAUCCUUGUCCCAAAGCUCAUGCCUGAUGCCCUUAAGAGCAUCGACACCAUCCAAGGUGGGCAGAUCAUUUCUGUGCGAAAUAGGGUUGAUGAGGUGGAUGAUGAGAACUAUGUGUAUAAUUACACCUUGAUUGAAGGAGAUGCUUCGGUAAUGGAGAAAGUUGAGUUUAUUUCUUAUGAGGUUAAGUUUGAGGCCACACCAGAAGGUGGCAGUAAGAACAGGAUGGUGAGCAAAUACCACACCAAAGGUGACAUUGUGCUCAAUGACGAAGACAUGAUUUCUGGCAGAGAAAAGGCCUUGGGGAUGUACAAAGUUGUGGAAGCCUACCUCCUCCAAAACCCAGAUGUCUAUAAUGAUACUUGA